GUAUGAUUUUAUUGAAAUACGGGACGGGGAUAGUGAAAAUGCUGAUCUUCUGGGAAAGCACUGUGGAAACAUCGCUCCACCUACUAUCACUUCAUCCGGCCCUUCUCUGUAUAUCAAAUUCACCUCAGACUAUGCGCGUCAAGGUGCUGGCUUCUCCCUGCGUUAUGAAAUCUACAAGACGGGCUCCGAAGAUUGUUCUAGAAACUUCACCAAUUCAAACGGCACCAUUGAAUCCCCAGGCUUUCCGGAUAAGUAUCCACACAAUUUGGACUGCGCUUUCACAAUCAUGGCCAAGCCGAAAAUGGAGAUCGUCCUUCAGUUUUUAACGUUUGACCUAGAGCAUGACCCUCUGCAAGUUGGGGAGGGAGAUUGUAAAUAUGAUUGGCUGGACAUCUGGGAUGGUAUUCCUCAAGUUGGGCCCUUGAUCGGCAGGUACUGUGGCACUAAAACCCUUUCAGAGAUCCGCUCAACUACCGGCAUCUUAUCUCUCACAUUCCACACCGAUUUGGCUGUGGCUAAAGAUGGCUUCUCAGCUCGUUAUUAUUUGGUCCAGCAGGAGGCGCCAGAGAACUUCCAGUGCAACAGUCCACUGGGAAUGGAAUCUGGCCGGAUCUCCAAUGAGCAGAUCACUGCUUCCUCUACAUACUCUGAUGGCAGGUGGACUCCACAACAGAGCCGACUCAAUAGUGAUGAUAAUGGAUGGACUCCUAAUGUGGAUAACAACAAAGAAUUCCUGCAGGUGGAUCUUCGCUUUCUAACAGUGCUGACGGCCAUUGCUACUCAGGGUGCCAUCUCUAGAGAAACACAGAAUGGAUACUAUGUUCGGUCAUACAAACUGGAGGUCAGCACAAAUGGAGAAGAUUGGAUGAUGUACCGGCAUGGCAAAAAUCACAAAGUAUUUCAGGCAAACACCGAUGCUUCUGAAGUGGUACUGAACAAAAUCCAUGCUCCAGUGUUGACUCGGUUUGUGCGCAUCCGCCCCCAGGUUUGGCACAGCGGAAUCGCCCUUCGACUAGAGCUGUAUGGCUGCCGAAUUACAGAUUCACCCUGUUCCAGUAUGUUGGGGAUGCUUUCAGGACUUAUCCCAGACUCUCAGAUCUCAGCUUCUUCUACCAGAGAAUAUCACUGGGUUCCUAGUGUAGCCCGCCUAGUCAGCAGCCGCUCAGGAUGGUUCCCACGCAUUCCUCAAGCCCAGCCUAGUGAGGAGUGGCUGCAGGUAGAUCUGGGUGUCCCUAAGAAUGUGAAAGGCGUGAUUAUCCAAGGAGCCCGAGGUGGGGACAGCAUCAAUGUGGCGGAGGCCCGAGCUUUUGUGAAGAAGUUUAAAGUGGCCUACAGCAUGGAUGGGAAAGACUGGCAUUCAAUACAAGACCCCCGGACCAUGCAGCCGAAGAUAUUUGAAGGGAAUAUGCACUACGACACCCCUGAAGUUAGAAGGUUUGAUCCUGUUCCUGCACAGUUCAUCAGGGUUUACCCAGAAAGGUGGUCUCCAGCAGGAAUCGGGAUGCGAUUAGAAGUCCUCGGGUGUGAUUGGACUGAUGUCAAGUCCACUGCGGAGACGUUGAAGCCCACAUUGAAGAGUGAGGAGAUGACCACUCAGUUUUCCACUGAUGAAGAGGCAACAGAUUGUGGUGAUGGUUGUGUGGAGAAUGGAGAUUUCCAGGUCCCAAUAGGAUUCAACUGCAGCUUUGAUCUUCCUGAAGAUUUUUGUGGUUGGACACAUGAUAUGUCUACAGGAUUUACAUGGACUUUUCAUUCUAGAAAUACCUGGACUAGCCAUUUAGGGCCAGGCAUUGGAGUCUACCCAGAUGGCAAGAGUUAUUUGAGGUUGCAGAGCAGUGCAAGAAGAGGAGGACAGCAUGCCCGGCUGAUAAGUCCCACUGUCUUCUCGCCCAGGAGUGCUGUGUGCCUGAUGUUUUGGUACCAGCUCUCUGGAGGGAGUGGGACUAUGCUGCAGGUGCGGCGGGAGGCAGCGCAUGAGAACAAACCACUGUGGAUCAUCAGGGAAGACCAAGGGGAUGAGUGGAGAGAAGGCCGGAUCCUUCUGCCUAGUUAUGACACAGAAUAUCAGAUUGUAUUCGAGGGCACUAUAAGCAAUGGACAUUCAGGAGAGAUUGCCAUCGAUGGUGUCCGGAUAGGCACUGAUUCCUCUUUGGAGAACUGCAUGGAACCCAUUGCAGCUUUCCCUGGUGAACACACAUUUGAAAUUUCAGGGGGCACCCUUCUGCCAGGGAGCGAGCCCACAGUGGACACGGUGUCAGUGCAGCCCAUCCCAGCCUACUGGUAUUACGUUAUGGCCGCCGGAGGUGCUGUUCUGGUUCUGGUCUCCGUCGCGCUGGCCCUUGUGCUCCACUACCACCGGUUCCGCUAUGCGGCCAAGAAGAGUGAUCACUCCAUCACCUACAAAACCUCCCACUAUGCCAACGGGGCCCCUCUGGCUGUGGAGCCGACCUUAACAAUAAAACUAGAGCAAGAUCGCAGCUCGCAUUGCUGAGAAUGGAACAGGAACACAAUCCUUUUAAACAAACAAAAAAAACAGACUUCAGAUAUGUUGCCUCAAUUUUGCACUUUUCUCCUUGCCCAACAUAUAUGUGAACUCAAGAUAUCUCUUCCUCCCAACCCCUUGUUCUUUGACAAACUCUUAAACUAUAAUGCUGCAUCUUGGAAGAGACUCAGUUCCCCCAUCUCUUUGAAAGUGAAUGCUCCUUUAUUUUUAUUUUCAAAGACUUGAUUUUGGGUUUUAUCCAGUAGACACCUUGCAAGGAAACUCAAGGGCAAGUCAUGAGGGGUAUGCAAGAGAAUAGGUGUGUGCGCUUGUAUAUCUAUAUCUAUAUGUAUGUAAGUGUGCAUGUGUGUGAUACUGGCUGGAUGGCUCCCUGGAAAGAUUAUUUAGGACUUGCGUGUACCAUUCUGGCUUUCUUCCUGGAAUACCUUUUUAAAGCCGAAGACACUGAUUUGUUUCCUUGGCGAAGUGAACAAUGUUUUUUGUUGCCUUAGCUAGCUCUGGCUGGGUUUAUGACUGAGAUCCUUUAAGAAUGUCAGCUGGGUCAGGCUGGUGAAAAAAGGAAAGGCUUGGCCCAAGACAAAUUAAGCAUGGCAAGCCAAAAAGGGAAAGGAAGAAUCACUGUGGAGAAUGGGAAGAACCCAGAAAGGCUUGGUGAUGGUCAAAACUCAGAGCGUGCAGUGUUGCGUUCCUGGACAUCAAGAAAACAUAGCCAUUGUUUUGGUAGUGGAAUUAAUCCCUCAACAAAACAAAUCUUUUUGAAGUUGCCUUAUAAAAAAGAGAAGCUCAUAAUGAAUGUUCAGUUUAUCUGCUAAACCCAGCCUUAGAGUAAUGCAUAGAUAUCAGUACCUCUAAGGAUUUGGAAAAUGUAGCUCCAUAAAUUGGAGGUUUAUUUAAUUUGAUUAGUGAACCUCACUCCUAGUGAUACUUAGGGUUUUUUGUUUUUGUUUUUGUUUUGUUUUUUUGGUGAGAGUAAGGAUUUUUUUUCCCCUUGUAUUUUACUAAUAAUUUGCAAAAGACAAAGAACAGUUUUUUCUGUUUUCUCUCUCCAAGUUCACAUUAGUGGCUGAUUGACACAGUCUGCAUUUGUUGUCAUGUUGCUUCUUAAGAUGUUGGUAGUAGCAUCUGUCAGCUAAAGCUCCCAGAAUAAGGGCCUACUAAGAUCCAGAUAUCUUUGCAUCUUUUAAUGAAAGAGGCAUAAAGGAAUUCUCAGUAAGACUCUCUUUAUUGAUUUGCUCUGAAGUAAUGCGAUGGAAAUGCCUUAUAUGGACUAACACAUUACAAUACACAAAGGUGGUUGGAAUUGUUCCAUCAGAUAUAUUUUCAAGCAAAAUACAUCUCCAUGGAAUGCUAUUUUCCAACAGUUUUUGCUUUUUUGAAAAACAUCCAGUCAUGACUAAUUGUUGCUACAUCUUCCUUCAAACUGCCAUUCAUCCUUUUGCCUUCACGGAAACAGAAAUAUAUAGCAGUAAUAUUAUUGUACUGGGGGUUUAAGACUGUGGGAGUGUUCCCCUGGGGGUACCCUCAAGAAAUUGAUGAGACUUGUGCAAUAAAACUGGUGCUCCCUUGAACAAUUCCCACUGAUUGAAUUGUGCAAGACAGAUUCCAAACAAAUGGACUCCCACAUUUACGUGAGGUUAGCAAAGGUCACGAAAGCAGCUGGGGAUCCUCUGUCAGAGGCACGCUUUAUCUAGAGAUGUCUGUCAUAUCCUUCCACCCUGUGUUAUUCAGGUAGCCUGCUCUCGUGCAUGUAGCAAAUGGAUUCUGCCAAGGUGCUUGCUUAAGCUGGGGUAAUGCCACACAGUGCUGUUUAAUGCAGAAAUUGUUCUUGAAAGUGCAUAGUGGGGGAAAAAAGGAGGGCGUGUGCUGAUAGGAGGGACGUGUGAGAGCAAAAGGUGAUCACACAUCUGUUAUCUCAAAAUGGGGAGGGAGUGGACAUUCUUCAAGGAGGGCCAUGGAACAAGGAAAGCUCAUAUUUCAGAAAAUAUUCAUUAUCACCUCUUAAGAUGGGCUUGCUCUUUUUUGGUUUUUAGUCCUUUGGUUUUGUAGGCCCCAGGAAAACUUCUUCUAGAAUGGAAGUCAUAUGUUAGCAAGUAUCUUGACUUUCUGUAACUGUGGUACUUGUCAUAGGAAAUCCCCAAUGCAAAAUAAUGGUCUGUUUAAAUUGUACCCUCCCAUUGGUUUUCUUGAUUUUGCACUCCCCCCCCCCCCCCCCCUCAGCAAUAUAUCCAAGAGUAUUCUAUAUUUCACCUUGAGUAACAUAUACUCAGUCUGGAUGUAUUUAACCUGAUUGGGAUACCCCAUUUUUAAAAAUUCACCAAAGAUUCACCUGCCCACCCCAAAUUCUUACCAUCACCUUUCACUCCUCCCCCUACAGCUGUGACACUGUCAGCAUCACUCAGUUGCCUGUGUGUGAAAAUAUCUUGUGGAAUUUUGAAAUUCUUGACAAUGUAUU